ACAGAGAGGACUCAGAGGAGAUGGUGGAGACCAGCACCACUGCACAUCCACCGGUUCAACCACCGCCGCCGUUGAGGCCUCCGGUGGCUGGCGGAGGCCCUGUCCAUCCUCCAUUGGAGCAGCUCCACCACCUUCACUUCUGCAUUCACUCCAACCCCUCUUGGCAUGAAGCAAUUAUACUUGGAUUUCAACACUACAUUGUGAUGCUGGGAACAGCUGUUAUGCUAGCCACUGUUCUUGUUCCCCAAAUGGGAGGGAACCAUGGCGAUAAGGCACGCACAAUUCAGACGAUGUUGUUUAUGACUGGAGUGAAUACUUUACUGCAAACAUUCAUUGGAACCAGACUCCCAACAGUGAUGAGCCCAUCCUUUGCAUUUAUCAUCCCUGUGAUAUCUAUAAUCCGAGACUUCACCUUGCGACCUUUUGACGAUGAGCACGAGAGAUUUGUUCAUACCAUGCGAGCUAUUCAAGGAGCUUUAAUCAUUUCUUCAUGCCUUAAUAUUGUUAUCGGAUAUACCAAAGCAUGGGGUAACUACUCAAGAUUCUUUAGUCCUGUUGUUAUCGUUCCCGUUGUUUGUGUCGUCGGUCUUGGCCAGUUUGAGCGCGGUUUCCCUCAGGUUGGAAAAUGUGUGGAGAUUGGAUUGCCGAUGUUAAUAAUAUUGGUUAUCAUCCAACAAUAUAUGAAGAACAUCCAUGAGAGGACACAAUUAAUGUUUGAGAGGUUCGCGUUACUUCUCUGCAUUGUCGUGGUGUGGUCUUUUGCGGCGAUCCUUACUGUCGGUGGCGCAUACAACAAUGUCCCUGAGAAGACAAAGAUUCAUUGCCGUACCGAUCGAACAUACCUUAUGUCAUCUGCUCCAUGGAUAAAAAUUCCAUACCCAUUUCAGUGGGGUGCGCCGAUAUUUAGCGCAAGCCAUGUAUUCGGAAUGAUGGGUGCAACACUUGUUGCAGCUGUUGAGUCAAGCGGAACAUAUUACGCGGCAGCGCGCCUAGCCGGUGCAACACCACCACCUGCUCAUGUUCUUACCCGAAGCAUUGGUCUGCAGGGUGUCGGAAUGCUGCUCGAAGGAAUAUUCGGUGCUGCUGCUGGUUCAACUGCAUCAGUUGAAAAUGCAGGACUUCUUGGAUUGACUCGAGUAGGAAGUCGAAGAGUUGUGCAGAUAUCAUCCGGUUUUAUGAUAUUUUUCUCAAUCUUUGGGAAGUUUGGCGCUUUCUUCGCUUCAAUCCCUUUUCCAAUAUUUGCUGCCAUGUACUGUGUUCUCUUCGGCAUUGUUGCUGCUGUUGUAAUCUCAUUUAUUCAGUUCUCAAACAACAACUCAAUGAGAAACCUAUACAUUAUCGGUCUCUCGCUCUUCCUCGGCAUGUCAGUCCCGCAAUAUUUCAAUGAGUUCACUGCAUCUGGACCUGUCAAGACCAAUGCUGGAUGGUUCGAUGAGAUACUAAACACUGUUUUCUCAUCUGCUCCGACUGUGGCAAUGAUAGUCGCGACGGUGCUGGAUAACACACUGGAGGUUGUGAACACGGAUGCGGAUAGAGGUCUUGCAUGGUGGCUUCCCUUCCAAUCAAAAUAAAUGAAAUCAUUCCAACCAGAUACCUCUGAAAAUUGUCCCCUUUUUAUAUCUGUGAACUUCAGUACAGACUGUUACAUAAAUGUUUAUUUCCUGUUCAAAUCUAUCAUUCAAAGCUACCAUAAUUGGUAUAAUGUUGAGAAACAAUGAACCUAUGCGGUUAUCAGA